AUGGAAAUCCGUUCAGAUCUGUUUAAAGCACCAUGUUACGCACGAUCUCAUCAAGGAGUCUGUAUCGAACCAUUCGAUUGCUCUUCAGCCAUAAUCUCAAAAUCAUCUAAUGCGUUGUUUUCUGAGAGUAUCAUCGAACCACCAUUCUGCGGUUUAAAUAUCAUCCAACGUCUUUAUCAUAAAGUUGAUCUUUACCAAACACCUUCGACAAACGAGACGAAUCAAAUACUUGAACAAUUGACUAAGAUUAUAAAACAACAUGUACCUAAUUUUUCCUUCAAUGAAAACUUCGGCCAUGAUUUAGAAGAAUAUUCUACUUUAGAUGAUCAACAAGAAGAUGUAUCUUUUCUACGAAGUCCUUCCUAUUUACGAAAAUAUAUGGGACGAAAGAGAUCCGAACAUUCAUCCUAUUCCCAAAAAUUAUCUUCUGCACGAAGUUUGCGAUCAAACAAAGCCUUGAAACAAUCUUUAUCAAGACUAAACAGCGAAAGCAGUGAAGAUAAACAUCAUCUUGACAAUGACCAACUUAUCAGUGCUACCGAUUUGAAAAGAAAUCCUAGUCAAGAUUCAAGUAAUAGCAAGAUAAACAAGUUGUCCAAGAGAAUGUCCAGCGUGUAUCAUAAUUCUCCAAAUUCGAUCAAAGCAACAUUUCAAACCAUAAUUGAUAAAACGAAAAUCAAUAAACCAAAUCUGUUCAUGCGUUUAUUAGCAGCAUCCACGAAGUGUUGUCGAACAUGUCGAAAUCGACGUUUGUUCAAUAAUACCAGGAAAUAA